CCAAUUCUAUCCUUAGGGGCCAGACAGUAAGCAGCCAUCUAUAUAGUCCCGGGGGAGGGGAGCAGUGAUACUAUGAAAUAUCACUUAACUCCUUACACUCCAUGGGACGGGCGCUUUGGGUAUAAUGACCUGAACUGACAGCUGGAUCAUCAGACUUGCGGUCAGUUGGGGACAUGUGACCAUAAUAUAGAGGAUCUGCCCCGACAAGUAUUCACCUCAUCAUCCGAGAGCAAGAAGAUAAAUCAUGUGCAGGAAUAUCCCCUCAAAUGUCUCCAUAUAACAUCCUGGAAUUGUAUAGAAUUAAAUGUUUAUUCACAAUACAGGUUCCUAUAAGGUGUCAGGACGUGGCGGUCUAUUUCUCCAUGGAGGAGUGGGAGUAUGUAGAAGGACACAAGGAUCAGUACAAGGAUCAGGUCAUGAUGGAGGAUCAGCAGCCCCUCACAUCACCAGUCAGAUCCAGUAAGAGAACAGCACCAGAGAGGUGUCCCUGUCCUCUAAAUGAGCAGAAUAUGGAGGUCAUUACUACAGGGAAAGAUCUGACCUAUAUUAAAGCUACGGACAUAAAGGAAGAAGAAGAAGAGACAGAAGUAAGCGGUAAUGAGCAGUAUAAGGAGGACAUUCCUACAGGGAAAGAUCUGAUCUAUAUUAAUGCUACAGACAUAAAGGAAGAAGAAGAAGAGACAGAAGUAAGCGGUAAUGAGCAGCAUAAGGAGGACAUUCCUACAGGGAAAGAUCUGAUCUAUAUUAAUGCUACAGACAUAAAGGAUGAAGAAGUGACAGAUGUGAGCAGUGAUGAGCUGUAUAAGGAGGACAUUCCUACAGGGAAAGAUCUGACCUAUAUUAAAGCUACGGACAUAAAGGAAGAACAAGAGACAGAUGUAAGCAGUGAUGAGCAGUAUAAGGAGAACAUUCCGACAGGAAAAGAUCUGAUGUAUAUUAAUGCUACAGACAUGAAGGAAAAAGAAGAGACAGAUGUGAGCGGUGAUGAGCAGUAUAAGGAGGACAUUCAUGCAGGGAAAGAUCUGAUGUAUUUUAAUGCUACAGACAUAAAGGAAGAAGAAGAGACAGAUGUGAGCAGUUUUGAGCAGUAUAAGGAGGACAUUCCUACAGGGAAAGAUCUGAUGUACAAUAAUGCUACAGACAUAAGGGAAGAAGAAGAGACAGAUGUGAGCGGUGAUGAGCAGUAUAAGGAGGACAUUCCGACAGGGAAAGAUCUGAUGUACAAUAAUGCUACAGACAUAAAGGAAGAAGAAGAGACAGAUGUGAGCAGUGAUGAGCAGUAUAAGGAGGACAUUGACAUUCCUAUAGGUAACUGCCCAGGAAGGAAAGAAAGGCGACAGACAUGUCAUUACCACAGGACUCCUGGCUGGGAAGCCAACAGUCUACUGUAUUGAACAGUUUAAGCAAAAGACAAACACAAUGAAAACAACAAAGUU